AUGUUUGAGGAGCAGGCGACCAAGGUCAAGAUCACGUCCGUGGUGAUCUUGGUGGGCAUGUCGUCCAUGCUGGCGGCGGUGGUGACCGACCACUGGGCCGUGCUCAGCCCGCGGGUGGAGAAGCUCAACGCUACCUGUGAGGCGGCCCACUUUGGCCUCUGGAGGCUCUGCAAGAAGAGCAUCUUCAUUGUGGAGGAGGACCCUCAGGGCAAAGGCUGCGGCCCCAUCAGUUUACCCGGAGCAAAAAACUGCUCCUACUUCAAACACUUUACCUCGGGGGAAGAAGCCGAAGUUUUUGAAGUCAAGACCCAGAAAGAGUACAACAUCUCAGCAGCAGCCAUCGCCAUCUUCAGUCUGUUCUUCAUGAUCCUGGGCACCCUGUGUGUCAUCUUCUCUUUCGGGAAGGGGCGGGACUACCUGCUCCGGCCUGCUGGGAUGUUCUUCGCCUUUGCAGGACUAUGCAUCAUCAUUUCUGUCGAGGUAAUGCGCCAGUCUGUCAAGCGUAUGAUUGACAGUGAUGAGACCAUCUGGAUUGAAUACUACUACUCCUGGUCCUUUACCUGCGCCUGCGCCUCCUUCACCCUGCUCAUCCUCAGUGGAGUCGCCCUGCUCCUCAUCUCCAUGCCCCACAUGCCGCGCAACCCCUGGGAGACCUGCAUGGACGCCGAGCCUGACACCUUGGAUUAG